GUGCGUAUCCUCAAGAAGAAGAAGGCCGGGAGCGGGAACGAAGCCGUGCAGGCUCGCCUGCAUGGUGUCCCAGGUACGUGGUGCGUGGUCUCAGUCGAAGAAGGCGGAGGCAGGGACGAGGCCGGAGCACUCAUCCUCAACCAAUACGGGGUCCCAGGUGCGUGGUCUCAGCCCGAAGAAGGCGACGAGGCCGGAGCGCUUAUCCUCAACCAAUAUGUUCCAGGCGCGUGCUCGGAGGCGGGAGCGCUUAUCCUCAACCAAUAUGGGGUCCCAGGUGCGUGCUAUCGCGGACCAGGCCGGCGCAAUAUGGGGUUCCAGGCGCGUGGUCUCAGCCCGAAGAAGGCGGAGGCGGGGACGAGGCCGGAGCUGGGGCCGGAGCGCUUAUCCUCGACCAACGUGGAGUCCCAGGUACGCGAUCUCGGCCCGAAGAAGGUGAAGGUGGGGUGCUUGAAGCCAGAAGAAGGCGAGCUUCAAGAGGAGGCGACAACAGGCUCGAAGGACUUACUCUCAGAAUACGUUCUCGGCGCGUGGUCUCAAACUGAAGAAGACGGAGGCGGCGACAAGGCCGGAGUGCCUAUCCUCAAGCAAUAUGGGGUCCCAGGUGCGCGGUCUCAACUUGAAGAGGAUGGAGGCGGGAACCAGGACGGAGGCGAGGAGAGGCCGGAGUACCUAUGCAAGGACAAGGCUGGGAGGGCCCAUCCUCAACCAACACGGGGUUCCGAGGUGCGGAAGUUCAAGCUGAAGAAGACACAGGCGUGGAAGCUCAAGCUGAAGAAGGGCAAGGACAAGGCGUGGAAGCUCAAGCUGAAGGAGACGGAGGCAAGGACAAGGCAAGGACAAGGCCGGGAGGACGUAUCCUCAACCAAUAUGGGUUUCCGAGGCGUGGAAGCUCAAGCUGAAGAAGGGCAAGAACAAGGCGUAGAAGCUCAAGCUGAAGAAGACAGAGGCAAGGACAAGGCGUGGAAGCUCAAGCUGAAGAAGGGCAAGAACAAGGCGUGGACGCUCAAGCGGAAGAAGACAGAGGCAAGGAGGAGGCCGGGCGUGGACGCUCAAGCGGAAGAAGACGGGGGCAAGGAGCAGGCGUGGAAGCUCAAGCGGAAGAAGACGGAGGUGUGGAAGCUCAAGCCGAAGAAGACGGUGUGGAAGCUCAAGCUAAACAAGACAGAGGAGUGCAAGGAAUAUGCCCGAUACUUGGGCAUCGACCCCGGAUACGAGGGAGAAGAGACACACAACGCGAUGUUGUGCCCGAGCCUCGGUGCAUGGUCUCAACCUGAGAAGAACACGGAGGCGGGGAUCAGGUGUGACGUCUCGCAGCCCGAAGAAACUGGAGGCGGGGACGAGGCGGGAACUACGGGGUCCCAAUCCGGAGAAGGCGAAGGCGGGGAAGAGGUGCGUGGUCUCAACCUGAAGAAAGCGGAGGGGACGAGGCCGGAGGGCUUAUCCUCAACCAAUAUGGGGUCCCAACCCGAAGAAGGCGAAGGCGGGGACGAGGCCGGUGUGAAGUCUCAUCCCGGAGAAGGAGGAGGCGGGGACGAGGCCAAAGCGCUUAUCCUCAACCAAUAUGGGGUCCUAGGUGCGUGGUCAGACAGCCCGAAGAAGGCGGAGGCAGGGGGCGUGGUCUCACAGCCCGAAGAAGGCGGAGGCGGGGACGAGGCGCGGACGAGGCCGGAGAGCUUGUCCUCAACCAAUAUGGGGUUUCAGGGAAAACGAGGUGUGGAAGCUCAAGAUGAAGAAGACAGAGGCAAGGACGAGGUGUGGAAGCACAAGCUGAAGAAGACAGAGGUGUGGAAGCACAAGCUGAAGAAGACAGAGGCUCGCCGAGACCUGGGCAGUGUCCAACAGGACCCCGCCAUGUUGUCAGAGCAGUCUUCAGGGCGAUACAUCGUCAGCGACGACGUGGAGCUGCCAGAGGAUCGCGUCCAGUACAGCGACGUGAACCUACUUCGACAAGCCCUCCUCGACGCCCGUGAGUUCCUUCGCUCAGGCUAUACGGAAAUCCACUUCCGAGUCUGGGGGCGCGACGAACCGAUGAAGCUUCUCUGCGCACGGAGUGCCAAGCAGCAUGAGGGCACGAUGGAACUCUACCUCACCUACGAGGACGGCGGCGAGGAAGAGGGCCUGCUGCAUCCGGCAGGAACCGGUUGCACCGGACCGUUGUUCGCGUUUGCCAGCAGACGCCAAGACGGCAUUCCAGCUCCUCGACGACGGCUGGGACGUGCUCAUACAAUCGUCUUCUUCAAGAACGAUCUGGUGGAGUGGACGGCGGCUCGCGGCGAGGCAAAAAGGUGCAAGGAGGGCCUGGUGCAUCACAUGCGGCCGCGCUCCUCCAUCAUGUCGCAGUCGGGCAUACAGGUGCUCAGUCUCAGCGGGAACAACGUUGGCGAAGGCAGGGACGAGGCCGGAGCGCUUAUCCUCAACCAAGAUGGGGUUUCAGGUGCUUGGUCUGAAGCUGAGAAGACGGCGGAGGCCGGCGGGGACGAGGCCGGAGCGCUUAUCAUCAACCAAGAUGAGGUCUCAGGUGCGUGGUCUCAAGCCGAAGAAGGCGAAGGCGGGGACGAGGCCGGAGCGCUUAUCCUCAACCAAGAUGGGGUUUCAGGUGCUUGGUCUGAAGCUGAGAAGACGGCGGAGGCCGGCGGGGACGAGGCCGGAGCGCUUAUCAUCAACCAAGAUGAGGUCUCAGGUGCGUGGUCUCAAGCCGAAGACGGCGGAGGCGGGGACGAGGCCGGAGCGCUUAUCAUCAACCAAGAUGGGGUCUCAGGUGCGUGGUCUCAAGCCGAAGAAGGCGAAGGCGGGGACGAGGCCGGAGCGCUUAUCCUCAACCAAGAUGGGGUGUCAGGUGCUUGGUCUGAAGCCGAGAAGACGGCGGAGGUAGGGACGAGGCCGGAGCGCUUAUCCUCAACCAAGAUGGGGUGUCAGGUGCUUGGCGGGGACGAGGCCGGAGCACUUAUCCUCAACCAAUAUGGGGUCUCAGGUGCGUGGCCUGAAGCUGAGAAGACGGCGGAGGCGGGGACGAGGCCGGAGGGCGGAGGCGGGGACGAGGCCGGGGCGCUUAUCCUCAACCAAGAUGGGGUCUCAGGUGCGUGGCCUGAAGCUGAGAAGACGGCGGAGGCGGGGACGAGGCCGGAGGGCGGAGGCGGGGACGAGGCCGGAGCGCUUAUCCUCAACCAAGAUGGUGUCUCAGGUGCGUGGUCUCAAGCCGAAGACGGCGGAGGCGGGGACGAGGCCGGCGGGGACGAGGCCGGAGCACUUGUCCUCAACCAAGAUGGGGUCUCAGGUGCGUGGUCUCAAGCCGAAGACGGCGGAGGCCGGGACGAGGCCGGCGGGGACGAGGCCGGAGCGCUUAUCCUCAACCAAGAUGGGGUGUCAGGUGCAUGGUCUGAAGCUGAGAAGACGGCGGAGGCGGGGACGAGGCCGGAGCGCUUGUCCUCAACCAAUAUGGUGUCCCAGGUGCAUGCUCCCAAGCACGCUGAAGAAGACGGAGGCGAGGACAAGGCGUGGGAUCUCAAGCAGAACACGGCGGAGGCGAGGACGAGGUGUGUAGUCUCAAGCCGAGAAGACGGCGGAGGCUGGGACGAGGCCGGCGGGGACGAGGCCGGAGCGCUUAUCCUCAACCAAGAUGGGGUGUCAGGUGUGAAGUCUCAUCCCGGAGAAGGAGGAGGCGGGGACGAGGCCAAAGCGAUUAUCCUCAACAAAUCUGGGGUCCGAGGUGUGAAGUCUCAUCCCGGAGAAGGAGGAGGCGGGGACGAGGCCAAAGCGCUUAUCCUCAACCAAUAUGGGGUCCUAGGUGCGUGUUCAGACAGCCCGAAGAAGGCGGAGGCAGGGUGCGUGGUCUCACAGCCCGAAGAAGGCGGAGGCGGGGACGAGGCCGGCGCGGACGAGGCCGGAGAGCUUGUCCUCAACCAAUAUGGGGUUUCAGGGAAAGCGGAGGACAAGGCCGGGAGGGCUUAUCCUCAAUCAGUAUGGGAUUCCGAAGCGUGGGAGCUCAGCCUGAAGAAAGCCGGAGGGCUUAUCCUCAACCAAGAUGGGAUUUCAGGUGCGUGGUCUGAAGCUGAGAAGACGGCGGAGGCGGGGACGAAGCCGGUGUGUGACGUCUCGCAGCCCGAAGAAACUGGAGGCGAGGACGAGGCCGGAGCGCUUACCCUCAACCAAUAUGGGGUUCCAGGUGUGACGUCUCACAGCCCGAAGAAACUGGAGGUGCGUGGUCUCAACCUGAAGAAUCCGGAGAAGGCGGAGGUGCGUGGUCUCAACCUGAAGAAAGCGGAGGGGACGAGGUCGGAGGGCUUAUCCUCAACCAAUAUGGGGUCCCAACCCGAAGAAGGCGAAGGCGGGGACGAGGCCGGCGGGGAGACCGCAGCACUUGUCCUCAACCAACAUGGGGUCCCAGGUGUGAAGUCUCAUCCCGGAGAAGGAGGAGGUGUGGAAGCUCAAGCCGAAGAAGACGGAGGCAAGGACGAGGUGUGGAAGCUCAAACAGAAGAAGACGGAGGCAAGGACGAGGCCGGGUGUGGAAGCUCAAGCUGAAGAAGACGUAGACAAGGACGAGGUGUGGAAGCUCAAGCCAAAGAAAACGGAGGCAAGGGCGAGGUGUGGAAGCUCGCCGAAGAAGUCACAGGCAAGGACGCGCUCCUCCAUCAUGUCGCAGUCGGGCAUACAGGUGCUCAGUCUCAGCGGGAACAACGUUGGAGGCGGAGACACGGACGAGUCCCGAAGGCUCGCAUGCCGAGAGAUUCGCCUAUCCUCAACCAAUACGGCGUCGCAGGUACUCCGGGAGCAAGGCCAGAGCGCUAUGGGGCUCGGGGUCCGCGGUCCCAGCCCGAAGAAGGCCGCCGGAACGAGGCUGGAACGUUUAUCCUCAACCACUGUGGGAUUCGAGAUCAGCAGCCCAGAAGCCGAAGAAGGCGAAGGCGGGGACGAGGCCGGAGCGCUUAUCCUCAACCAAGAUGGGGUUUCAGGUGCUUGGUCUGAAGCUGAGAAGACGGCGGAGGCCGGCGGGGACGAGGCCGGAGCGCUUAUCCUCAACCAAGAUGGGGUCUCGGGAAUUGGUUGGUCUCAAGCCGAAGACGGCGGAGGGGGGGACGAGGCCGGAGCGCUUAUCAUCAACCAAGAUGGGGUCUCAGGUGCGUGGUCUCAAGCCGAAGAAGGCGAAGGCGGGGACGAGGCCGGAGCGCUUAUCCUCAACCAAGAUGGGGUGUCAGGUGCUUGGUCUGAAGCUGAGAAGACGGCGGAGGUGCGCGGUCUCAACCCGAAGGAAACGAGGGCCUGGUUGUGCAAAGAGCUAUGUGUGUCGACACGCGAAGCUGUUGCCCAAGAGAACUUGCCCAAGAGCGACAAGGCUCGCCGAGACCUGCGCAGUGUCCAACAGGACCCCGCCAUGUUGUCAGAGCAGUCUUUAGGGCGAUACAUCGUCAGCGACGACGUGGAGCUGCCAGAGGAUCGCGUCCAGUACAGCGACGUGAACCUACUUCGACAAGCCCUCCUCGACGCCCGUGAGUUCCUUCGCUCAGGCUAUACGGAAAUCCACUUCCGAGUCUGGAGGCGCGACGAACCGAUGAAGCUUCUCUGCGCACGGAGUGCCAAGCAGCAUGAGGGCACGAUGGAACUCUACCUCACCUACGAGGACGGCGGCGAGGAAGAGGGCCUGCUGCAUCCGGCAGGAACCGGUUGCACCGGACCGUUGUUCGCGUUUGCCAGCAGACGCCAAGACGGCAUUCCAGCUCCUCGACGACGGCUGGGACGUGCUCAUACAAUCUUCUUCUUCAAGAACGAUCUGGUGGAGUGGACGGCAAAAAGGUGCAAGGAGGGCCUGGUGCGUCACAUGCGGCCGCGCUCCUCCAUCAUGUCGCAGUCGGGCAUACAGGUGCUCAGUCUCAGCGGGAACAACGUUGGAGGCGGAGACACGGACGAGUCCCGAAGGCUCGCAUGCCGAGAGAUUCGCCUAUCCUCAACCAAUACGGCGUCGCAGGUACUCCGGGAGCAAGGCCAGAGCGCUAUGGGGCUCGGGGUCCGCGGUCCCAGCCCGAAGAAGGCCGCCGGAACGAGACUGGAACGUUUAUCCUCAACCACUGUGGGAUUCGAGAUCAGCAGCCCAGAAGCCGAAGAAGGCGAAGGCGGGGACGAGGCCGGAGCGCUUAUCCUCAACCAAGAUGGGGUUUCAGGUGCUUGGUCUGAAGCUGAGAAGACGGCGGAGGCCGGAGCGCUUAUCAUCAACCAAGUUGGGGUGUCAGGUGCAUGGUUUGAAGCUGAGAAGACGGCGGAGGCGGGGACGAGGCCGGAGCGCUUAUCAUCAACCAAGAUGGUGUCUCAGGUGCGUGGUCUCAAGCCGAAGACGGCGGAGGCGGGGACGAGGCCGGAGCGCUUAUCAUCAACCAAGAUGGGGUCUCAGGUGCGUGGUCUCAAGCCGAAGAAGGCGAAGGCGGGGACGAGGCCGGAGCGCUUAUCCUCAACCAAGAUGGUGUCUCAGGUGCGUGGUCUCAAGCCGAAGACGGCGGAGGCGGGGACGAGGCCGGAGCGCUUAUCAUCAACCAAGAUGGGGUCUCAGGUGCGUGGUCUCAAGCCGAAGAAGGCGAAGGCGGGGACGAGGCCGGAGCGCUUAUCCUCAACCAAGAUGGGGUGUCAGGUGCGUGGUCUGAAGCUGAGAAGACGGCGGAGGUAG